CCUCAAAGCGACAGCCACAAUCCAUCACCCAUCAUAGCGAAAUCGUCGAAACUAUUCCAAUCUCGAAGCAACACGCAAAACUGUUCUAACUACGAAAUAACAAGCCUCUUUGAAAGGAACUUAGCUACUAGCCACCAUGGUGCAAAUGACUGCAGCCGAUCAGGCUGUGGUGAGGGCGAUGCCUGGAAAUAAGUGCUGUUGCGAUUGUGGGAUGAAGAAUCCUCAGUGGGCCAGUGUCAGCUUUGGAAAUGUCUUUUGUUUGGAUUGUAGUGGGGUCCACAGAUCGCUAGGUGUCCAUAUCUCCUUUGUACGCUCAAUUGCGAUGGACUCUUGGACUGAUAAACAACUUUCAGCAAUGAAAACAGGAGGAAAUGACAAGUGCAACGAAUAUUUGAAGAAAAAUGGAAUUGAUCCUCGCACUCCCAUCAAACAAAAAUAUGAAAGUCCAGUGGCACAAUUAUACAAAGAAGUGUUGAAAGCCAGAAUCGAAGGCCGACCAGAGCCCACUGAAUUGCCAAAACCAGCUCCUAAAAAACAAUACACUCCAGCACCCAGCAGUGGUGGCUUUGGCAGUAGUGAUGCUAGUGGUAUGGAGCGAUUGGCAGGAGAAACCGAUCAACAAUACAUUGCCAGGCAGACACGCUUGAGAGAGGAGGCCAGGGCCAGAAUGGCCCAGAAAUUUGGUGGAUCUUCCAUGGGCGGUGUUGGCUCCAGUAGUAUGCAAGGUAUUGGAAGCAACCCCAAUUAUAACCGUUCUUCAUCCAUGGAUGCUGUGACAGAUUCGGUGGUUUCAGGCCUGGGAAAUGCCUUUAACUUUGCUGCCUCCAUUGUGAAUGAUGACAAAACAAAGCAUUCAAUCGGCGGCCUCACCAGUUCAGUCAAAAGUGCAGGUGCUGGAUUUUGGGGUGGUCUCACCUCCGGUGUUGCCGGUGCUGCUCAGGCUGUGUCUCAACCAGAUGUUGGUAAUGGGUUGGCAGACCUUCAGCGUGAAUUUGCAUCCAAGAAAACUGGCAGUAUGUAUGCCGGUUUUGGUUCUGAUUCUAUGAAUCCUCCUGCCUCAUCAAAUGGCCUAGGAGGAGGAUCCAGCAUGGGAUCUGGGGAAGCCCCUGGUUUGCCUGGAGAGGAUCGAAAUGGUGUUGGAAGGUUAACAGGUGAGACAGACCAGCAGUAUAUUGCUCGUCAGACCAGACUGAAAGAAGAGGCCAAAGCUCGAAUGGCAGCAAAAUUUGGAUCUGGUGGAUUGGGUGGUGUUGGCUCAAGCAUUGGCAUGGGGUCUCGCUCUGCCCCUCCCAGUGUGGGUGUCCCUGGUGGAGCUGUUACGGCGGAAGCCCCAGGUUUACCUGGUGAGGACCGGAAUGGUAUUGGCCGCCUGACAGGUGAAUCGGAUGAACAGUACAUUGCACGCCAAACGAGGCUCCGUGACGAAGCCAAAGCGAGAAUGGCGGCCAAGUUUGGGAAGGAGGGUCAAUGGGUGGUGUUGGUUCUGGCUCGCAGCCAUCUUCCUCUCGUGGAAUGGGAUCUCAAAAUUCUUUUGGUUCCCAGCAAUCCUUUGGUUCUCAGCCUUCCAGCACACGUGCUGUUGGGUCUGCUCCAUCUUCUGGUGGUUAUUCUACUCCUCAAAGAUCGUUCACUCCUCCCGCAGUGAAGCAUUCACCCCCAAAGAAGCAGCUGAGCUCGGACGACUUUUUUUCUUCCUUCGGGACUUAAAACAGAGGUGAAUCUUCAUCUCUUCCUCACCCCCCUUGAACCCACCAGAAACUACAA